UAGAAGUGCAGUGUUCAUCCGGCAUACAGGGACAACACAGUAAUACUAUUUCUAUCUUACCGCACGGACCCGGACCGGACAAAUGGUCCACAUUAGGGUAAUAUCUUUACAUCAGACUACGGUUUGAGUUUGGUGUCACAACUGAAUUGAGCAGCCCGGUCUCAUGCAUGACUACAUUAACCAGGAGUCUACGCUCUUACGUCGAAAAGUAAGAGGUCACACAGACAGCUCGCGGACUUCACUUGUUAGUGCCGCUGAUGGCUGGUCGACUCUUCAAAGUGUCCGCUCUUGCCACAGCAGUGUGUGCCUCCUCUGGGUUUUACCUGUACAACAGAAAGCUGAACCUCGAUGAUCUGAGUGUGAUCCGCUUUGGACGAGCUGCAGCCACAACAGCGAUCAUCAGCUUUGACUAUCUGACUGCUUUCAAACAUGUGGAAUAUGGCACAGAGGAAUACUGGGCUGUCAGGUCUAAGGUGCAUCUGCGAUCGGCAGAGCGUCUUCGAGACUUGUGCUGUGCCAACCGGGGGACUUUCAUCAAGGUGGGCCAACACCUCGGGGCCCUGGACUACCUGCUGCCUGAGGAGUACACGUCCACGCUGAAGGUGCUGCACAGCCGGGCUCCUCAGAGCAGCAUGCAGGAGAUCCAGCAGGUCAUCAGAGAAGACCUCGGCAAGGAGCUGUCAGAGUUAUUUGUGGCCUUUGAGGAGAAGCCUCAUGGUGCAGCCUCCUUAGCCCAGGUCCACAAGGCAGUGCUGCAUGAUGGGAGGACAGUGGCCAUCAAGGUGCAACACCCCAAAGUCCAGAGCCAGAGUGUCAAGGACAUAGUGAUGAUGGAGGUGCUGGUGAAGGGUGUCCAUUGGCUCUGCCCAGAUUUUGCCUUCAUGUGGUUGGUGGAUGAAGCCAAAAAGAACAUGCCACUGGAGCUGGACUUUCUCAGAGAAGGACAGAAUGCUGAGAAGGUGGCCAACAUGCUGGCCCACUUCCCCUUCCUCAAGGUUCCCAAGAUACAUUGGGAACUGUCCACUAAGAGGAUUCUGACCAUGGAGUUUGCUGAAGGGGGUCAGGUCAACGACAGGGAAUACAUGAAGAAACAUGGCAUCAAUGUCAACGAGAUCUCGGAGAACCUGGGCAAGAUCUAUAGUGAAAUGAUCUUCAUCUGUGGCUUUGUUCACUGUGACCCGCACCCGGGCAACGUCUUGGUCCGAAACUGUCCUCAGAGCAAGAAAACCGAGAUCACCCUGCUGGAUCACGGGCUUUAUCAGGUCCUGGAGCCAGACUUCAGGUUGGACUACUGUCGGUUGUGGCAGGCUCUAAUUAAAGGGGACAUGUCGGGGGUGGAACGUUACAGUCGCAGACUGGGGGCUGGAGAGCUGUACGGGCUGUUCGCCUGCGUGCUCACCGCUCGAUCCUGGACCGCUGUGAACGCUGGCAUCAGCUCUGUGCCUGUCACACACUCUGAGGAUGUAGAGAUCCGGACCAACGCGGCUCUGUACCUGCCUCAGAUCAGCGAGCUGCUGAACCGAGUUCCCCGGCAGAUGCUGCUGCUGCUGAAGACCAACGAUCUGCUGAGGGGCAUCGAGACCACCUUACAGACCAGAGCCUCGUCCUCGUCCUUCAUCAACAUGUCCCGCUGCUGCAUACGUGCUAUGGCCAGGCACAAGAGGAGUAAGGCCCGGUCCAGGAGGACGCGUAUGCAGGUCACGCUGGCAGAGUGUGUACAGCUGUGCACGCUCAGUGUGUACGAGCUGCUGCUGUGGGUGAAGGGCUGCAGGCUGGCAGCCUGGCUCACUGCUCUGCUCACAUGUUUGCAGUGAGACACAGACAGUCCUGCACCUCUUACUGCACGCUAACAAAGUUGAACAUGUGCUCUCACACACACACACACACACACACACACGGUACUAUUAUGGUAUUGAUACAUUUUGAAACUGUAUGAAUAUAUACAUGGACAUAACAUGCUGGACACCAAUCCGUCUAUUAUAUUUAAAUGUUUCAAGAUGAAUUAUUAGUUUUAGACUUAAAACACUCAAUACAAUAAUUGUCAAUUAUAUUUUUCCAUAAACUUGAAAUUGACUUGAGCCGUUACAUCAGACAGUUACCUGUGUUCACAGAAUAUCUGCAAACUGUCAUACAGCUGCAGGACUGUAGGCAGGUGUGAACAUUUAAUGUCAAUAAAUGGUUACAGUACUGUCUGUUUGUUUGUGUCAAAGCUCCUAUUUAUAUUUUUCAUGAUUUUGCUGUUAUCUUUACCGUAUUAUUUAAUGAUCCUACCACUUACAGUGAGUACCAAGAAUGCACAACAACACAAUCACUUGGUUGGAUGUUUUAAUUGUAUAUUAAUGAGUUAUUAUUAAAGUAUAUUAUGUCUUUUGUUGCUA